AUGUCUACUAUUCGCAUCUCCAAUGAUGCGUCUCCGUACUCGGAGCCGUCUCCCGAGGCAAGCACGGCAACGCAGCCGAAAGAGAACGCCGCCGCCAACGUGAGUGAGAGUGUCGAGAUCGAGUUGCGCCCUCGAGAUGGCGGCCGCUUAGCCUGGCUUCAGGUCGCGGGUUCAUUCUUCCUAUUCUUCAACUCUUGGGGCAUCUUGAGUUCCUAUGGCGUCUUCCAGGCCUACUACCAGGAACACAUGAAGAACGUCCCCGCCGACUCAAUCGCCUGGAUCGGCUCAAUCCAAUCCUCUCUCCUCCUCUUCACAGGCGUCCUCGUCGGGCCCCUCUACGACGCGGGCUACUUCCGCAGCCUGACCUUCACAGGCAUCACCCUCAUCUUCCUCGGCAUGACAAUGACGAGCAUCGCGACGGCCUACUGGCAGGUCCUCCUCGCACAGGCAUUCUGCGUCGGCCUGGGCUCGGGCUGCAUCUACAUCCCCUCCGUCUCCAUCAUCCCGCAAUACUUCACGGAGCGCCGCGCCCUGGCCACGGGAAUCGUCGCCACGGGCAGCAGCCUCGGAGGCGUGGUGUAUCCCCUCAUCUUCCAGAGCCUCUACCCCCGCGUGGGCUUCCCCUGGGCGACACGGGUCCUCGCCUUCAUCUCCCUCGUCACAAACGCCUUUGCCUUUGCCGUCCUGCGGCAACGUCGCCGGGCCGAAUCCGGGUCCGAGUCCGACGACGCGGACGCCGGGAAGCCAAAGAGACGCAUCAUGUUGGACCUCUCGGCCUACCGAAACGUCUCGUUUGUCGUCUUCUCCGCGGCCAUGUUCUUCAACUUCUUCUCAUACAUGGCGCCCAUAUACUAUCUCCAGCAAUACUCUCUCUCCCACGGAUUCUCCUACGCAGGAUCUCCGAGGGUAGCGUAUUACCUGGUCGCAAUCCUCAACGCGGGCUCGAUUCUCGGCAGAGUAUUCCCCGCCUGGCUCGCCGGCCACUUUGGGCCCAUCAACGUCCUCCUCGGCGUCUCCGUCUCCAUCACCGCCGUCGCGCUGAGCUGGCUGUCCGUGCAUGACGGCGCGGGAAGCGUCGCUUUUGCGGUUACCUACGGCUUCGCCUCUGGCGGGCUCGUCUCGCUGCCGCCUACCGUCAUCUCCAGUCUCGUGCCCGAUCUGAGCUUACAUGGCACGUGGCUGGGCAUGCUGUGCACAACGAAUGCGUUUGGCUCCUUGGCUGGACCGCCGAUCGCGGGCGCCUUACUCCGAGCUACUGGUGGGUAUCUGGGUGUGCAGCUGCUCUCAGGACUUGGUAUGACGGCAAUGACGAUACUGAUGUUGGUUUUGAGGGUGACACUAUUCGGCAAGAAUCAGUCCUGGAGGGUAUGA